GUUAAUUCCUCAUGUCAUAAUAUCUAUUUAGUAUUUAUGCUACCAAACACUCCCCUUAAUACACACGUUACAACACUCGUCACGUUUUAUAACACUGUGAUAUAUAUGCAUCAUGCCUGCUAAGUUCUCGCUGAUCUGACAGAUUCGCCAUGAACACAUCACACCUCUCUGUAGAUCUUCCAUCAUAUGAUCAUAAUCUAUAUUGUUAAUUUCAUUUCUACCAGCUCUGUUUUGAUUAGAUCAACAACACAUGGGCUCCGGGAUUGAUUACCCCGAUCAUUCUACGACCCCCACCAUCACCACCACCAGCGGCAGCGCUGGCGGGAGUGGCGGUAGAACUUCUACUGCUGCAACCUUCAUCACCCCCAAAACUGAGCCUAAACUCGAAACACCGGAAGUUCCACCUGAACCCGAUAAAUCUCAAAACCCUAUCUAUAGUUUUGGUCUGGGUGCCCCAGUAACAGACUCUGAUGUUACAUUUUCAGUACCCCGAUCCGGUGUGAACAGUAUUCAGUCUGAAUUCAAUGGCAGUUGGGGGAUGUCUCAGACCGAAUCGGUGAUUAACGUUGAGGAAAAUGACGAUGCUCCUAUGGAUCCUGAUGCACUAGCGCUUGUGCUGGUUCCUGAAGAAGACGAGCUUUCAAUCGUUGAUUUUCCAUCUCGCCGGAAGUCUCAGCGGUCGGCUGAGUUAGUCAGGGUAACGAACCUUGAAAUCGCGGACGAGAGGUACUUUCGAGAGGUUGUGAGGAAAACAAGGAUGCUGUUUGAUUCUCUGUAUUUUUUCAUUAUGUUGGAAGACGAGAAGCGUCGUUCUAAUGUCGAAGGACGCGUCGUCCGUGUCCGGGGCGAUCUGAAAGCUGCUGCACUGAUGAAAACCAACGAUCUCUGGUUGAAUCGGGAGAAACGUAUCGUCGGUGCAAUUCCAGGGAUUUACGUUGGUGAUGUAUUCAAUUUUAGAACAGAGUUAUGCGUUUUGGGCAUCCAUGGUCAAAUUCAAGCCGGAAUUGAUUACUUAAGCUCAAGCCACAGCUCAAAUGGGGAACCAAUCGCCACCAGUGUGAUUGUCUCCGGUGGGUACGAAGAUGAUGAAGACAGUGGCGAUGUUAUCGUGUACACAGGUCACGGUGGACAAGAUAAGCACUCAAAGCAAGUUGUUCAUCAAAGAUUAAUCGGUGGAAACCUUGCUAUGGAAAGAAGUAUGCAUUACGGAAUUGAGGUAAGAGUUGUUCGUGGUUUGAAAUACAAAGGUGGAGCAAGCGAUAAAGUUUAUGUUUACGAUGGGCUCUAUAAAAUCACUGAAUCCUGGUUUGAAAUGGGUAAAUCUGGUUUUGGAGUAUACAAAUUCAAACUUGUUAGAAUGGAAGAUCAACCCGAAAUGGGGAGUUCAUUACUCAAGUUUGCAGAAACCAUCAAAACCAAUCCAAAGGAAGCUCGACCUUUAGGGUAUUACAGUUUGGACAUUUCAUCAAAAAAAGAAAACACCCCAGUUUUCCUAUUCAAUGACAUUGAUGAUAACUCUGAGCCAAUGAACUACGAAUAUCUGGUAAGAACUGUUUUCCCUCCUUUCAUUUAUCAGAUUUCAGGGAAAGGCGAAGGGUGUGGUUGUGUAUCUGGAUGUAAACCUGGUUGUGUUUGUGCUAAAAAGAACGGAGGUGAAUUUGCUUAUGAUUUAAAUGGGAUUUUGUUAAGAGGAAAACCAAUAAUAUUCGAAUGUGGGCCCUUCUGUUCAUGCCCUCCUACUUGUUGGAAUCGUGUAACCCAAAAAGGUGUAAAGAAUAGAUUUGAAGUGUUUAGGUCAAUGGAAACGGGUUGGGGAGUUAGGUCAUUGGAUUUGAUCCAAGCUGGAUCUUUUAUCUGUGAAUACACUGGGGUUGUUCUCACCAGAGAACAAGCCCAGGUAUUCACAAUGAACGGAGAGGAUAGUUUAGUCUAUCCUUUCCGUUUCGGUGACAGAUGGGCAGAAUGGGGAGAUUUGUCACAAGUUUUUCAAGAUUAUGUGCGUCCUUCAUGCCCAUCUGCACCACAAUUGGAAUUUGCAAUUGAUGUUUCUAGAAUGAGAAAUGUUGCUUGUUACAUGAGCCAUAGUUCGUGUCCGAAUGUUUUUGUGCAAUUGGUGUUGUUUGAUCAUGCAAAUUUAGGGUUUCCUCAUCUUAUGUUGUUUGCUAUGGAAGAUAUUCCUCCAUUGAGGGAGCUUAGCCUUGAUUAUGGUGCAGCUGGUGAAUGGACAGAAAAAUUGCCCAUUUGUAACUAAGAAAUAUGUCUCAAGUUGUUCUUUUGCUUUUUUGUGUAUAUCUCAGAUCAGAUCCAGUGGCUUUCAUCGUUUAUGAGAUGGUAUAAAGAAGAUGAUAAGUUGGCUAAAAUUUUGCAUCUCGGUUUCCAAAUAUAUCACAUCUCAUCUUCUUCCACUAUAUAAGGAAAGGUAUCUAUUUCCAAAUUAGGUUGCCUAUAUUAAAACUAUAGCUCCUUUCUCUUUUGGCUUUUGGUUUUUGAAAUGCAUAACACACAAGGGUCAUCAAGAUGGGAAAUGAUGCAUGCAAUUUCAAACUUGAAAGUUGAAGUUGCCAUUAAAGAAACAAAUUUUGUGUACCUAUGAAGUUUAUAUAUAUACAUAUCAAGUGUAGAUGACUUAAAAAACUACAUCUUAUACCCUUUUUGAUGUUGUUUUGGCUUUUGUUUUUGUACAAAUUAAUAUAAAAAAAUUCUGUAGAUUCUGUAUAGAGAUGGAAUCAAUGAACGCUUAAAUGGUC